UAGUCGACACUGAAGUGUAGUCGGCCCUGGAGUUGCGACUCAUAGACUAGUAUAGACUAGUCUUGACUAGUCCUUCAACUCGUAGUCCAUGGAAGUAAUGAGUGGGUCCCUGAUUCUGAAUGGUACUGCAGCUACUCUGAAUGGGACAGAGAAAGUAUGGUGUACUCUCUGCUUUCUUUGUCUUACCAUCACCUAGUCACCUUCCUGGCAUUAAGUUGAUAGGCUGAUAGAUAGUGAUGUAUUAGAAUCCAUUCCACCAGUCGAACCACAUGGUAUUGAGAAUUUGAAAUACUGCCCUCCGUUCACACUUCACCGUCUAUGUCAACUAUUGACAAAGAAGGAAAUGUAAUAGCAGUUCACCUAUUUCAACUGCAGGGUUAGUUUUCGUAGUUCACUCUAAAUUUUCCUCUCUCUUCUCCACCCAAUCCUAUCCCCUUCUCUGCUCCUGAAUCCUCAUCACUUGUAACUCAAAGAAGGGGGUAAGCAUGCAUCCGCCUUCUCUCCACUUGGUCGUCAUCAUGCUCCUGAUUCCUUGGCCCUUCAGUUCAGCGCUUCUGUGCGCAUCUGUUAGUGUGCUUGUCACUGGCAUGAGACUCACUCCUGGCAAAACUCUCACCUCGGACCAAGGUUCGUUCGCCUUAGGCUUCUUUACCCCCUCAGAGUCAACUAAAAAUAUGUAUGUUGGCAUAUGGUUCAACGACAUGUCUGGGUUGCCAACCGCGAUAGUCCGAUCACCGAUGCUUCAUCCACGGUGCUUUCUAUGACCAACAGCUCGAGCCUUGUGUUGUCUCAAACCAAUGGCCGCCACAUACUUUGGAUGGCAAACACAAUUACUGGCAGCAACUCUUCAGCCAAACUUCUCAACAGUGGCAAUCUUGUAGUCCUAUCAUCAGACGGUGCCAUGUUAUGGCAGAGCUUCGAAAACCCAAGCGACGUCGUCCUUGCUGGUAUGCCUAUGCGGGACACCCACAAGACACACCCACCAUGGCGGAUCAUCUCUUGGAAGGGCCCUGAUGAUCCGUCAAAAGGCAGGUUCUCUGCUGGGAAAGACCUUGCCACUCCCCUACAGUACUUCGUCUGGGAUGGGUCAGUGCCAUACUGGCAUGCUCCAGUGUGGAACAACUAUGUAUACUCCAACAUGGAACUGCAGACCGUUAGUUCGCUCAUGUAUUUGACAAUUAACAAGGGCACGGACGAUGAGACCUAUUCAACAUUUGGACUAUCAGAUGGCUCCUCCAGGAUAUUUUACAAGGUUGACUACUCCGGAAAGACGAUGCUGUUGAGAUGGAAUACCAGCUUGACAGAUUGGACCGCCCUUCAACAGUUGUCAGCUUACGAGUGCAAUCUCGAUGGAUAUUGUGGUGCAUACGGCUACUGCGACAACACAGAGGCAACUCCCACAUGCAAGUGCCUUGAUGAGUUUGUCCCUAGUAACAAAACAGAGUGGGUUAGAGGCAGUUUUUUUCAUGGUUGCCGGCGAAAGGAGGAACUGCAAUGUGGUGGAGAGGACCGUUUCUUGACCUUGCCAGCAAUGAAGGUGCCAGACAAAUUCAUACGCCUGUGGAAUAAAAGCUAUGAUGACUGUGCAGUGGAGUGCAGCAAAAAUUGCUCAUGUGUAGCGUAUGCUUAUGCUAAUCUAAGCACCAGCAACAUUGAUGGGGAUGCAACAAGGUGCCUGCUGUGGACCAGGGAGCUGAUUGACGUGGAGAAGGGUGGCGCCGUCGGCAAUGAGAACCUGUAUCUCCGGCUUACUGCCUUGUCAAGCAAAGGGCGAAAGAGCAUCGUAAUAAAAGUUAUACCAGCAAUGUCAGCAAGUGUGUUGCUGAUACUUCUAUUGGCAUGCCUUGUAUGGUUCCACAAGUUUAAAGGCAAACAUGACAAAAAAGAAAGACUGAAGAGACCGAUGAUGGGGGAUUUGCGCGUUAGUGAUGGACUUGGAGAGGAAACUCAUGAACUUCCAUUUAUUAGCUUUGAGGAAAUAGUCGAUGCAACAAACAACUUCUCUAUGUACAAUUUACUCGGAGAAGGUGGCUUUGGCAAGUUUACAAGGGGCUCUUACGUGGCAACAAAGAAGUUGCCGUUAACAGGCUGAGUAGAGGUGCUAGGCAGGGGGUAAUAGAAUUCAGGAAUGAAGUAGUUGUGAUUGCUAAACUGCAACACAAAAACCUUGUAAGGCUUCUCUGUUAUUGUGUGCAGGGUGAUGAAAAGCUACUUAUUUAUGAGUAUCUACCAAACAAAAGCCUGGACACCUUCCUUUUCAAUUCUGAAAAGAAGCCAAUGCUUCAUUGGCCGACACGAUUCAAUAUAAUAAAAGGAGUGGCUAGAGGGCUACUCUAUCUCCAUCAAGAUUCAAGACUGAUGAUAAUCCAUAGGGAACUCAAAACAAGCAACAUUUUGCUAGAUGGAGACAUGAAUCCCAAGAUAUUUGAUUUUGGAAUGGCAAGAAUCUUUGGCGGAGAUGAGCAACAAGCAAACACUAACCGAGUUGUCGGAACA